CUGUCCCCGCCCACUGCCAGAGGUUCAAAUUCAAGUCCGCAGCAGCAUCAGCGUCAACAACAUUCCUCGGUCCGAAGUCGUCACUACAACACAACUUUGAUCAACGUCCGUACCUCGCUAUGGAUGCCAUUCGGUCCGCGGGGAGAGCCAUCAUCCGAAGCCCAAGCAUGGCGAAACAAUCCUGGAGCGCCGGUAGACACAAAAAGCUCCCAGAGAACUGGACAGACACACGGGAGACCAUCCUGGGAGGCAUGACCUUUAACCUCCGGCACCUGGGCAUGACCCUUGUGGACCAGCCCAAGGGGGAGGAGCUGUCAGCCGCCGCCGUGAAGCGCAUCGUGGUAACGGCCAAAGCCAGUGGGAAGAAGCCCCCAAAGGUUUCCCUCAAGGUCUCCCCUCAGGGAAUCGUCCUCCACGACAGACUCACCAGCCGCCUCCUAGACACCAUCUCUAUUUACAGGAUAUCUUACUGCACAGCGGACAAGCUUCAUGAGAAGGUGUUUGCCUACAUCGCCCAGAACACACAGAACGGGACCCUGGAAUGUCACGCUUACCUGUGCUCCAAGAGGAAAGAGGCCCAGGCUGUGACCCUCACCGUAGCCCAGGCGUUUAAGCUAGCUUUCGAGCUCUGGCAAGUGGCCAAAGAAGAGAAGGAACAGAGGGUGAAGUCUGGUUCGGAAGGGGAGGACAGCAACAGUUCCCAGUCUCAGAGAUCUAGCAGUGUGGGAAGCCUGAAGGACACGGACGUUCCUACAGAGAAGCUUCUGGACUUUGGAGAGCGGGUUGUGGACGUCCACACGCCCCUGGAGAAGGACAACAACAACGACGGGCCUGGCGCGGAAAUGGGGGAGGAUUUGGAUGAAGCGUUCUCGAGACUGGCAGUGUCUCGUACUAACCCUCAGGUCUUGGACGUUGGGGUGACGCCCCAGGAUUGGCUGCUGGAGCCCGACUGGGAUGUAGCCGGUGGAGACGACGCCAGUGGAACCAGCCCCCCCGUGGACAUGCUGCUCAGCUUCUGACCAGUGAUUCGUCUUUGCUGAGACGCGGAGAUACCCUUCCCCCUCUCUAACAGGCACACGUACACACACACACACACGCACGCGUACACACACACACACGCACGCGUACACACACACGUGCACCAACAAAAAUAUAUUUUCUUGUAUCAACUAGAUGUUGUCUUAACAGUAUCCGAAUCAGUGUUAUUUUGAUAUACAUGUAAAUACCCUUAAUUUCAUUGAAGUAUUUAUUUUGUAUUCUUGUAAAAAAAAAAGUACUUGAUAAUAAUCAAGAUGCCUUUAUUACUAACACCAGCACAAUCCGAAUCAGUGCCCGCGAUGUUUCAAUGCCGUUUCUAACGACAUGGACAUGUUAUUCACUGCCUUGGUCCAUCAUUAGAAUUCAGUAUUUUUUUUUGUAACGCAUGGUAAAAUACAUUCAUGUUGCAUCAA